AGGUUCCAAUACUGAGGGCGGCGCGCGCAGUGCUCUAGUGUUGUGGUCGUGGGACGUAGUAGACGUAGCCCCUGUGCUCAAAUACUGUAGUGCGUCCUUCAUUAAGGAUAUAAAUCUGUUACGCAUUUUGCAACUUGCAUUAUAGUUGUGUACUGGUUGUUGAUUGUUUUUGUAAUAUAUCUAGGUAUGUCUGCUUCACCAGUUGCUCGCCAGGCCGUGGCUCAGGCUAAGCCUCAAACCAUCCCGCGGAGAGUGACCAUUAACUCACCGGCGGAGUUACCCAACGAUUAUAGUACCACACCAGGGGGAACACUCUUCUCUACCACCCCGGGAGGUACAAGGAUCAUCUAUGAACGAAACUUCCUGUUGCAAAUGCGAAACUCUCCUCUGGCCAAAACUCCCCCAAAGAACUUACCAGUGAUACCAGGAGUAACUGCCAAGGACAAUGCUGUUGUGCAUAGGGAGAAUGGAACUAUCGCAGAGGAGCCAGAGAAGACGGAACCUACUGAAGGUGACCAGUUUGAAAUGGACCUUUAAACUCAAGUCUUCCCUGGCCCCAGCAUCACCAGGUCUCCGCCCAUCCCAGUGUUUGUGCACAAGUCGAGUUCAUCAGUUAAGAGGAAGCUGCUAUACAAAUCCUUGGGUCUUAGUCCAAGUUUUGCUCAUGCCUGAAUUGCUUUGGUGGCAAUCUAAGUUUUCAGUUGCUACAUAUUCCUGGGUGGUCAACCAAUAAGUGAGAUUUUGACCUGCACCUUCCUUGGCUUUCCAUGGUGAUGAUGAGGUCAGGUUCUCAUAAGUGGUUACAAGGCUAACCAGCAGCACUCGACUAUUUAUUGUAUAAAAUGAGCCAAGUUUUACUUGCUCAGUUAUCGCUCAAUAGCAAAACAGCAAGCACAAGAGGUGUUAGCCCAAUGAAUAUAUAUAUAUAUAUAUAUAUAUAUAUAUAUAUAUAUAUAUAUAUAUAUAUAUAUAUAUAUAUAUAUAUAUAUAUAUAUAUAUAUAUAUUAUUAUAUAUAUAUAUAUAUAUAUAUAUUUUUUUUUUUUUUUUAGUAUGGAAAGGGAGGAUCUACUUUGCUGGAUCAAGUGGCCAAGCCAGUGUAGUUUGAAGGGAGUGGGAGUGCAGUUCUGUACAAAUGGAGUUGCAAAUACAGCAUCUCACAUGAUAGUGUACAGUACAGUCUUCUUUUUCUCUUUCUCUCUCCAUAAUGCCAUCAGGGACUGAAGUGCAAGUGAAAUUGUGAGAGUAAUUUUUAUACAGUGUAUCUCAAGACAACUGGUUUUGCUUAGUGCCAAGAAUCAUUGCCUGUAUUCAGUGAAAUGUGUGUGUAUGCUUUCUGUAUCCCAAAAUGUUUUUUUUUUUUCAA